AUGAAUCCUGUUUCAUCACGACUCAGAAAAGGUCGCCUUGGGAGCACAAAGUCCAACGACGGUUGUAUUACCUGCAAAAUCAGAAAGGUAAAGUGCGACGAAUUGCGGCCAGCCUGCAGAAGGUGCUUGGGCACUGGCAGAAAGUGUGAUGGCUACGGCCGCGAUGUCGAUUCACAUACGUCUCGGCCGGCCGCGGCAGCAACCAUCUCUAGCAAUCUGCGCCACCUCAUUUUCACUACAGCUCACAACCACGCCGAGCCCGAGGAGCUGCGAUGUUUCGAGUUCUUCAUGGAGAAAGUGGUGCCCAACUGUACGCGAAUGGUUGACGAAGCAUUCUGGCACCAAAUUAUUCCCCAGCUCAGUCGUUCGGACCCCGUCAUCUGGUACGCUGUGAAUUCUCUCGCCUGUCUCAUUCGCCACCCACAGUUUUCGCCGACCUGGACGCUCCCUGGAAGGAAGAUCCUACAACCUGCAGUGACCGACGAGCAUCGAAGAGCCCUGAGAUGGUACAACAAAUCUAUCGCCAAGUUGCAAGAACGAAUCUCAAACGAAAAUGUGAUGUCAACAACCACCACCAUCACCUUCGUCAGUUGCAUAUUAUACAUUUGCAUCGAAUGCGUGCAAGACGACCCUGUCGAGGCCGCUGCACUGUAUCGGCGGGCGGUGGCGAUGAUCGGACCGGUGUCAGACCAUCAUCAACGCGGACACCCUUCCACAACUCGACGUGAAGUAACACUCGAAGAAACGGUUCGAGCGCUGCUACGCCAUAUGGCCAUCUCGCAGGGCGUACCAGUGAAAAGAAGUGCUGCUACUGCCGCCAACGGUGGUGGUGGUCUUGUUGUUGCUGUUGAAGGCCCGGAACGGCACUAUCGGUUUUUCACAUUACAAGACGCGAGGGAUGAGCUUUACAUUUUGAUGAGCGAGGCUCAUGAAUUUAUCGUCCAUGUGGGUGAAAUCAAAAUUAGGCUACUGAGGAAAGGCUGGAAACCAUCUUCUGAACUUAUGUCAUGGCAAAGGUCUAUCGAGGCCAACUUUUCGAAAUGGCUUUCCGCUCUUCGACAUUUUGUCAGCAACAAUCCAGACACCGUGUCUCAACAACACGAUAUUGAGCGGUUUGCCCUCUUGAAUGUUGGGUUCGGCCAUUAUUAUAUAUGGGUUGCUACGUCUUUAAAUAUGGACGAGACUGUCUUUGACCAUUUUAUAACCACGUUCCAAUCCAUGAUCGAGCAUGCGCGUCACGCCACGGCAACGCGCAACAGUGGAGGCGGCCGUCCGGUGUUUAUAUUCGAGACUCGAUUCAUCCCUUCUCUAUUCUUCAUUGCGUGCAAAUGUCGCCAUCCGGUCGUGCGCCGACAAGCCAUCUCUUUACUCGAAAGUGGACCCUUGAUCGAAAACACGUUCAAAGCCGAGCCCAUGGCCAAAGUCGCGAAAUGUUGUAUCGGGAUUGAAGAAGCCGGUAGUGAAGGAGGGGUAUUCCACUUAGAAGCUCACAAGACCGAAUUUCCCCCCGAAGGCCACAGAAUAACCUGGAACAAACUCAUUGAGAUGCCUGAUGCUCAUCAUGCCAGAGUGGAUCAGUACUUGAUGUUUGGGAGAUGGCAGCAGCAGCAAGUCGGCAGAGAAUGGAUUUCCAGCACACACAUGGUCAAGAUAUGA